AUGGUGUUGAAGGCAGACAAGAAGUCCAAGAAGAUUUGUGGCACAGCUCCUCUCAACAGCAGGAUAGUUGGAGGACAAGACGCCACUGCAGGGAGCUGGCCCUGGCAGGUCAAUCUUAUUGGACCAGUCUUAUGUGGAGGCUCCCUCAUCAACAAGGAGUGGGUGCUGUCUGCAGCACACUGCUUCAAAAGUGACAGCACAAGUGGGUGGACUAUCUAUCUGGGUCGACAGUCCUUGGCUGGUUCUAAUCCAAAUGAAGUAUCUAGAACCGUGGCUGAGAUCAUUCGACAUCCUAAUUAUGAUGACUCCACAAAGGAGAAUGACAUGGCUCUCCUCCGGUUGAGCAGUGCUGUUCCCUUCACCGACUACAUCAGACCUGUUUGUCUGGCGGCCAGCGGCAGCAUUAUCUCCCAGGGAACAGACAGCUGGGUCACUGGCUGGGGGGACACUGAAGAAGGAGGGUCUCUUUCAAAUGUUCUUCAGGAAGUGGAAGUUCCUGUGGUUGGCAACGAACAGUGUGCUGACCUCUUACAGUCUCUUCUUCCACCAAUCACAGAAGAUAUGAUGUGUGCUGGCCUUCCUGAUGGAGGAAAAGACUCUUGUCAGGGUGACUCGGGUGGUCCAUUGGUGAUGGCUGUCGGCAUUAAAUGGGUCCAGUCUGGGGUGGUUAGUUUUGGGUUUGGCUGUGCACGACCUAACCUACCUGGAGUCUACGCCAUGGUCUCUCAAUAUGAGGACUGGAUCGACUCCCACAUCAGAAGUGAUCCACCAGGCUUUGUGUCGGUCAACACAGAAAUAGCUUCUGCAGACAUUUGUGGCACAGCUCCUCUCAACAGCAGGAUAGUUGGAGGAGAGGACGCCACUGCAGGGGGCUGGCCCUGGCAGGUCAAUCUUUUGGGAGAUUCACUGUGUGGAGGCUCCCUCAUCAACAAGGAGUGGGUACUGUCUGCUGCGCACUGCUUCAAAAGGUGA